CUGGUGCUCCGAUCCCACCUGGAUUUACAGUCUCCAACGUCUCGCGACACGACUUAGACCUGCUUCCAGGUUUGCGACAUUGAGGAGACAUUCCGCUGACCCCGCGAUUCCAAGAAGGCGAAUAGUGUCUUUGCCAUCAUGAGCAAACCGACACUCUCCUUUGGCCUCAAGAAGUCCGGCGCGCCAAAACCUGCCCCUCCUCUCAGGAAGCCCGCGCCCUUCGGAGGAGGAGGCGACGAUGACGGGUCAGAGGACGAGGGUUCAAACAAUGUGGUGCAGAUCUCCGAAAUUGAUGGGCUCGCAAUUGCGACAUCGGCGCAGGCGCUAGAUGACUCCCAGCUCGACAAGAGGAAAAAGCUUAAAUCGGGCACUGCCGUCACUCCACCGAAACAUCCUCCACAAUCCAAAACAUCCGCCGCUGCCACCAUCUCCGAAUUUACCGACCUCUCCACCAGCCUCGAGUCACGCAAAUACGCCGCAUCAGCCGAACAAGCCGAUCCUUCCAUCUACGAUUACGACGCCGCCUAUGACUCGUUCAAAGCCGCCAAGGCGGCCGCUUCCUCCAACUCAGCCAAGAACGGGGACAAACGACCGCGGUACUUUGAUGCGCUGCAGAAGGCGGCCGACACGCGGGAGCGGGACCGGCAGAUUGCCGAGGAACGGCGCCUGCAGCGGGAGCGGGCGGCCGAGGGGGACGCCUUCGCCGACAAGGAAAAGUUUGUCACCGAGGCGUACCGCCGGCAGCAGGAGGCCAACCGCAAGCUGGAGGAGGAGGAGAAGCGUCGCGAGGAGGAGGAGCGGCGCAAGAAUAAAGGGAAGGGUCUGACGGAUUUUUACCGGGGCAUGUUGCAGCGCGAGGAGGAAGAGCAUGCGGCGCUUGUCAAGGCCGCUGAGGAGGGCGCGGGCGCCAAAAAGCUCGCGGAUGGAGAUGGGCCGCUAGGUGGGGAUGGAGAGGAAGAGGAGAAGAGUGCCGCUGAACGGGCUAGGGAGAUCAAUGCCAUGGGUGGUAACGUGUUGGUGAAUGAGGAUGGGGAGGUGGUGGAUAAGAGGCAGCUCUUGAAGGGCGGCUUGAACGUGGCGGCGAGGAAGAAGGCCGAGGCGCAGAAGGAGAAGGAACGUCAGGCUGCUGCUGCGGCUGCGGCGCGCGAAUCAGGUGGUUUGCGGUCCAAGGGCGUGUAUGCCGCGGGCGGAAAGCAGGCUAUGCGAGAGCGCCAGACGCGCAUGCUCGAGGCGCAACUUGAGGAGACGCUCAAGCGGUCCAGGCAGGAGGAGGAGGAGGAAAGGGCAAAGAUUGAGCUCGUUGCCAAGAGCAGGAAGACGGCAGAGGAGAUUUCGAGCGCCAAGGAGAGGUAUCUUGCGAGAAAGAGGGCGGCCGAGGAGGCGAAGAAAAAGGGGCUAGAUGAAGGGCCGUAACGGCCGCAGUCCUUGUGACAUUGGACUGACGAUGUUGUUGCGACCGCUAUAAUAGAUACCCUGCCCUCCUCAUGUACAACCUGACGUGCUUUAUGAUUCCGCUCCGCAGAGAGAAUCUUCGAUUCAUCCACGCUCGCCAUAAGAUCCGUUUAUUCCUUUAUACAAUGCCUCACCCUGUCUAUCCCGGACCCUCCCUGAUACCUAUCGUACGACCCCUCCUCCGACGCACAUUUCCAACCCUGGUAUUCAAACACGAAUAUUGCGUCGCUCCAAUUCAUCGGAUCUAUUUGUUUAUUUGCCGAUAGUGCCGCUCUUGACUUCCUCCUGUACUCUCCGCAUAAAGGCUCGUUCGACCUGAUUCCAGGCCGCCAUGUACUUCUCCAAGCACUGCGUGAUGCAUGUCCGCUCGCCGCUCGAAAGGGAUGUGCCUGGCUUGGGGACACAUUU